CAGUGGCAUCAUCAAUUGUUCAAUCCUCUGGUGAGUCCGAUCUGUUUCCACCCAUUUUCCUUUCCGCCAUUCAUCCCGCCUUGUCCUCAAUCUAUUUUCUUACCAACCCGUCUCCGUCUCCGAUCAUCUCACAAACUCCGCGCCUUCUUCACUCCCCGCUCACGGCGUUGUACUCGCGUGCCCUCCUUCAUUUACCCUUCAAUCGCCUCUUCUAUUUUCACCCUCUCCUACUCCACAGACACACCCUUGUUCUUGUUUCGCAAGACCAACUGCCACUUCGCUCCGAGCUCCUAGCACCCUCACGUCAGCCCGAAAACACGAACACACCCGACCGCCUGACCUCGCGACUGUUCGCAACUCCGAUUUCUCCAAAGUCCACACAUCACGAGAUAACUUCAUACUGAUACUUCUUUUCUUCCAUAUAGUCCACUUUCAGAGCUGUUCCUGACCUCGAUCGAUCCAGCCCCCCAUCGGUCACAAUGCCUUCAGCUGCCCCCGUCAACGGGUCUGCCCCGCAAGCCUCUGCCAACGACAGCCUCUCUGCAAAUGACAACAUUCGUCGUUUCGUCGCUCCCAGCAGGCCAUUGAGCCCUCCCGCCGCCCACACUCUCUUCCACCCCAAGACACGAUGCUUCGUCUACGGACUCCAGCCCCGCGCUGUCCAGGGCAUGCUCGACUUCGACUUCAUCUGCAAGAGGAAGCAGCCCUCCGUUGCCGGUAUCAUCUACACUUUCGGCGGUCAGUUCGUUAGCAAAAUGUACUGGGGCACAAGCGAGACUCUUCUGCCUGUCUACCAGUCAGUAGAGAAGGCUAUGGCCAAGCACAGCGAUGUCGACACCGUCGUCAACUUCGCAUCUUCCCGUUCCGUCUACAGCUCCACCAUGGAGUUGAUGGAGUUCCCCCAGAUCAAGUCCAUUGCCAUCAUUGCUGAGGGUGUCCCCGAGCGCCGCGCCCGUGAGAUCCUCCACGUCGCCCAGAAGAAGGGUGUCACCAUCAUUGGCCCCGCCACUGUCGGUGGUAUCAAGCCCGGUGCAUUCAAGAUCGGUAACACUGGUGGUAUGAUGGACAACAUUGUUGCCUCCAAGCUCUACCGCCCUGGUUCCGUCUCCUACGUCUCCAAGUCUGGUGGUAUGUCCAACGAGUUGAACAACAUCAUUGCCAACGAGACCGACGGUGUCCUCGAGGGUGUUGCCAUUGGUGGUGACAGGUACCCCGGUACCACAUUCAUUGACCACGUCCUCCGAUACCAGGCCGACCCUGACUGCAAGGUCAUUGUCUUGCUCGGUGAGGUCGGUGGUGUCGAGGAGUACCGUGUCAUUGAGGCCGUCAAGUCUGGCCAGGUCAACAAGCCCAUUGUUGCAUGGGCCAUCGGUACCGUUGCUGGUAUGCUCAAGACUGAGGUCCAAUUCGGACACGCCGGUUCUUUCGCCAACUCCCAGCUCGAGACCGCUGCCAUCAAGAACAAGACCAUGAGGGAAGCUGGCAUCCACGUCCCAGAGACCUUCGAGGAGCUCCCCGCCACCCUCGCCCAGGUCUACCAGAAGCUCGUCCAGGACGGCACCAUCAAGCCCAAGCCCGAGCCCGUUGUCCCCAAGAUCCCCAUUGAUUACUCUUGGGCACAGGAGCUUGGCCUCAUCCGAAAGCCUGCUGCUUUCAUCUCCACCAUCUCCGAUGACCGUGGCCAGGAGCUUCUCUACGCUGGCAUGCCCAUCUCCGAUGUUUUCAAGGACAACAUUGGCAUCGGUGGUGUCAUGUCUCUCUUGUGGUUCCGCCGCCGUCUCCCCGACUACGCCAGCCGCUUCCUCGAGAUGGUGCUCAUGUUGACCGCCGAUCACGGUCCCGCCGUCUCCGGUGCCAUGAACACCAUCAUCACCACCCGUGCCGGAAAGGACCUCAUCAGUGCAUUGGUCUCCGGUCUCUUGACCAUCGGAUCCCGAUUCGGUGGUGCCUUGGAUGGUGCCGCUGAGGAGUUCACCCGUGCCUAUGACAAGGGUCUCAGCCCCCGUGACUUCGUCGAUACCAUGAGGAAGGAGAACAAGCUCAUUCCCGGUAUUGGUCACAGGAUCAAGUCCCGCAACAACCCCGAUCUCCGUGUCGAGCUCGUCAAGGAGUACGUCCAGAAGAACUUCCCCAGCUCCAAGAUGCUCGACUACGCCCUUGCUGUCGAGACCGUCACCACCUCCAAGAAGGACAACCUCAUCCUCAACGUCGAUGGAUGCAUUGCUGUCUGCUUCGUUGACCUUGUCCGCAACUGCGGUGCUUUCUCUCCCGAAGAGGCUGAGGACUACCUUAAGAUGGGUGUUCUCAACGGUCUCUUCGUUCUCGGCCGUAGCAUCGGUCUCAUUGCCCAUUUCCUCGACCAGAAGAGGUUGAGGACUGGCCUUUACAGGCAUCCUUGGGACGACAUCACCUACCUCCUCCCCUCCCUGCAACAGGGUGGUGCUCCCGGAAAGGAGGGUCGUGUUGAGGUUAGCUUGUAAUCUAGAAUUUGGCAUAAAAGGAGGGAUAUAUCCAGAGUCAUGCACCAGUCGCUGAUUGGUCUUGGCGGGCGUUCACAGCUUUGAUGAUUUAG